AUGGCUGGGUUUACUGACUGGGAGAUGAUCAACACUGAAGAGCUUCAGGAUUACGUGAGGCAAAAUGGAGUUUCCAAAGUUGCCGAAUACGUAUCAAGCAGACUUGACGAUUGGAGAAACGUCGUAGUACAAUUUGCAGUAUGUGGUGUUUCAGGAAGUGGAAAAUCUACUUUUAUUAACCGCAUACGAGGUUCCUUCGUUGUUUAUGAUAGAAUGCAAGACAUUGAUCUUGGUGCAGCAGAGGUCGAUGUUGAUGAGUGCAUGAGGGAGCCGAAGUGCUACGAUCAUCCUAGCAACCCCAAUAUUAAGCUUUGGGACUUACCAGGGAUAACAAAUCCAAUCUACAAUGGUGAUCUGGAGAUGUACUGUAAAAAUGUGCCAUUGGAUAAGUACGAUACCUUCCUGAUCUUCACCAAGGAUCGAUUGACUCCUGACGACUUGAAACUUGCAGAGAGGAUUCGAUCAACUGGUAAGAAGUUUUUCUUCAUUCGUGCAAGAAUUGAUCAAGAUGUUGAAAAUGCGCGAAGAAGCAAACAGCAUUUAUUUGAUAAAGAUGCCACACUGGAUAAGAUACGAAAGAAACUUUCGCAAAAUUUGAUUGAAAGAGGCCUGCUCGAAGAUGAGAAAGAAAUUUUUUUAAUAAGCAACCACUUUCCUGCUGAGUAUCAAUUUGAUGAGCUGACUCAAGCAAUUUUAGCUGUAUUGCCGCAACGACAACGAGAGAGUCUCACUCUGACCAUUGAUAAUGCCUUACUUUUGUCAAAAAACACCCUGAAGGAAAAGGUUGAAGUUCUUAAAAAGCGCAUCAAGUAUGUUGCAGUCGCAUCUGCUUUCGCUGCAGCUAUUCCCAUUCCCGGGGCAUCCGUUGUAGCUGAUAUCGCGCUAAUUAAAAGUGAAGUAGAUUUUUACAUAAACCAGCUUGGUCUCCCUGAGGAAGGGUCAAAUGCAUUUUCAUUGCUGAGUUUAAACACCCAAUCUGAAUUAAAGGCAUUCAGUCUAACGGUGAGCACUGUCACGCGAAUUGGCGAGCUUCUUGAAAAAAACUGUACCGAGAGUGUCGUCCGGGAAUUCUCUCGCUCUAUUCCGUUUAUUGGCGUAGCUACAGCCAGUUCCUUGUCGUACGGCGCAACAUACUAUUUUCUUUCGAAAUGGUUAGCACAACUGGAAGAAUUCGCACUUAAAGUAUUGGAAGAAAAAUUGCGUAAAGUUUCAUCCCAUUAA